CUCUUGAGAAGGGGACGGUACUUCCUGGUAGACUUAAGCGAAGUGAACUCAUGAAAGCUGGCAGAAAAUGACACCACAUCGCCAGAAAUUCCGCUUGUCUUUGCCUUGAUGUGUAAAUCUACCAAUAUUUGAAGAAGCAUGGAUUUGCGCAAAGACAGAAAUUAGCUGCGGACAAAAGCUACAGGAGUGGACGAGUUAAGGGGUAGAAGGUGGACUGCCAGAUGUCUCAGAUGACCAGAGAGCCAGGAGUGAAAGUUAUUAUUAACUGAAAAGAGAAAGUGAAGGUGCUUUGCCGUAUUAAAUGAAUUGUCCCUGAGUGACGAUUGUCGUACCACAACAUAGUUGCUGGAGGGUUGUUUGAACCAGUCAUACAAACAAUGGGCAAUUGUCUUGAGAGGCGGAAAGCUACGCCGCCUUUGCCACCAUCCGGGGGUACAGCCCCAGAUGAUAGCGUCAGAUUUAGUGAUGUUUCUCCUGCAAAAGGUGGCAGUGUGUCUAAAGCACAGCCACCCCCAACAGCCAGAAAACCAUCCAAGACACCGGUGAUACCGCCAGGUAGCAGAAUAUUGAAAGCCAGGUAUGAUUACGAGGCCAGGACUAAUGAUGAUUUGGCGUUCAGAAAAGGGGAUCAGAUGAUCUUACUGGAUGACAGUGAUGCAGACUGGUGGCUGGCCCGCCAUAUUCGCACCCAACAAGAAGGGUAUGUCCCCAGGAACUAUGUGGCCCUAGAGGAUUCCCUGGAAAAACAUGACUGGUAUCAAGGGAAGGUGAGCAGAAAAGAGGCAGAGAGGAUGCUCCUGGCCCCCGGGAAUGAGAAAGGUACCUUCCUGAUCCGUGGUAGUGAAACGAACCAAGGUCAUGCCUUUUCACUUUCAAUCCGGGACUACGAUAAUGUGAAAGGGGAUGUGGUGAAACAUUACAAGGUUCGACUGAUGGAUGAUGGGGGAUGUUACAUCACCACGCGGAUCACAUUUACCUCCCUUGAGGAGCUCGUCAUUCAUUAUGGUCAGUCAGCAGAUGGGCUGUGCCACAUGUUAACCAGGGCGUGUAACAAGCCAAAGCCUAUCACUACAGACUUGUCACGAGACACCAGAGACGCGUGGGAAAUUCCACGACAGUCGCUAGAAUUCCUGGAAAAACUCGGCUCUGGAAUGUUUGGUGAUGUGUGGAAGGGUAAAUGGCAGGGUAAGACGGAGGUGGCAAUAAAAACCAUGAAGCCGGGAACGAUGGACCCCAAGGCUUUCCUGGCCGAGGCUCAGAUCAUGAAACAGUGUCGCCAUGAGAAACUCGUCACGCUGUACGCAGUCUGCUCCCAGGAGGAACCCAUUUACAUCAUCACUGAGCUCAUGGUCAAUGGCAGCCUGCUGACUUACCUCCGAGAAGGCCAAGGCCAGCACCUCAAGUUACCUCCCCUUGUGGACAUGGCUGCUCAGAUCGCCAGUGGCAUGUCAUACCUCGAGAAGCAGAACUUCAUUCACAGAGACUUGGCCGCUCGUAACAUUCUGGUGGGUGAGAACAACAUCGUUAAGGUGGCCGACUUCGGCCUGGCCCGGGUGAUUGAGGAUGACAUGUACACACCCAAACAAGGUGCCAAAUUCCCUAUAAAAUGGACCUCCCCAGAGGCGGCCCUGUACGGACAGUUCACCAUAAAGUCUGAUGUCUGGUCAUACGGUAUACUACUGGUAGAGAUCAUCACCCACGGGCAGGUGCCCUACCCAGGAAUGGCCAACCGUGAGGUUCUCGAACAGGUGGAGAGAGGGUAUCGGAUGGGAAAGCCCCUACACUGUCCCGACCCAGUUUACGAGAUCAUGUUGAAGACUUGGGACAAACAUGCCAGCAACAGACCAACAUUUGAAUUCCUAUUCACCUUUUUUGAUGACUAUUUUGUUUCCACUGAGCCCAGUUACAAGGAGACAGAUGACAUGUGAUGCCAUAAUUCCAGUAAUUUACAUUGUAUUGAAUGUAUUGAAUAUGCAAAUAAUUUUGACCAAUGGCCAAGGAGAUGCUCUACGAUAUUUGGAUAUUGGAUUUGAAAGCAGGCAGUUGAUUUGUUUGCCUACAUCUGUCAAUUCCAUUUUCAGCCAAUAAGGUACCAGAUAAAACUAUUUAUCUUAAAGUGUCUCAAAGAUUAUUGACUUUAUGAGUAUACAUUUGUUAACAUUUGAUACAAAUACAUAUAUUUGUUUCUUUUGGAUGAUUUUAUGUAAAUUUUAUACUCUUGAAGUUAUUUAUCAUGUGAUGUACUUUUAAUGAAACCAAUGCAUUCACAGGAUGUCAGUUUUUUUUUCUAGAUUUUGUUGAAUAAACUUUAGCCAUCACAUGAAUGAAAUAUAUGUAAACAAAUUAACAGUAUUGGAGAGAAAGAACUGGAAAUGAGAUUUGUGUUGAUGAUAAUCUGCUUAGAUUGAUCGAACUGAAAACUGGUGCAAAUACAUGCAAUAUGUGUAAAGUCCCAUCGUGCUUGUAAUCUCUGACUAAAUUCAGAGAUUUGUAGAUAAUACCUGUGAUUGCUGAUUGCUUUGGUUGGUAGAGUGUGACAUUAUGCAAAUAGAUGUAUGAAAAUUUACAUUAUCACUAUCGUUCAAUAUGUGAAUAAAUGGGUUCCUAUAUGAAAGGUCCUAUUUAUGUUAGGAAAUGGGAGAUAACUUUGUAUAUAUUGAAAUUGUUUCCCCUUUAUAGCUAUGAGCAACUUUUCUGAAAUACAAUUUUGCACAUUUUGGAACCAUAAAAUGUGUGCUUCUGGAAAAACAAACAUACCUGUUCCACUGGUCUUAUAUGAUUGUAGGUCCUUUUUAUUGGAUGAUCUGUUGGUUUCAAAGGCCUAAUGGAGUUCACAGGCAAACUACAUUUUCAACAAACACAUUUGUUGCUAUGUAAAUCAUUUUGAUUUGAUUGGUGUUUUUUUUUUUUUUUUUAUAAAAUGAAGUUUUCUUCAAUAUAUUGUACAGGUACUCAUUGGUUAAUAAAUGUUUCUCAUGAUGUGUGACUUUUGAACACUUUCUUUGUUCAUGGUAACAUUUUCUGUCAUUAUAUUUCUUGAUGAACAUUCCGACAUUCUUUACGAUUAGCAAGUUAAUUUUUUUGUAAACUGGAGGGUCCUUUUCCUGUUUUAAUAAUAUCAUUUUUAUUGUAAUUCACCUCACAAAAAUAUGUGUCAAUUUUGUAAGUUACAAUUUGGUAUGUCUGUUUUACCCCCAAGCUUAAGGUGCUUUCUAUUGCAAAAUUACCAAUAUUUAUUAUUUUGAUUGGAGAAUAAGUUGAUCUGCUGAGUGUCUGUCAAAUAUACUUUCCUUUUUGACAAAGUUGAUGAAUGUGAAUCUUGUAUAACUUUGAUGAUUUUUGGAAUCUUAUACUAUUUUAUAUGGUUUGUAAAUGUUUAUACAGGUUUUCAGUCUUAAGUAUAUAAAAGAACCUAUAUUUCUUCCAUAAUACAUUCCUGAUUUCUGGCUUGUCUUGUGGCUAGUAACCUGAGCUGGCUCAAAUUUUGUCUGGUAACAUUGACCUAAACUGGCUCAAAUUUUGUCUGGUAACAUUGACCUAAAUUGGCUCAAAUUUUAUCUGGUAACAUUGACCUAAAUUGGCUCAAAUUUUAUCUGGUAACAUUGACCUAAAUUGGCUCAAAUUGUGUCUAGUACCAUUACAUCCAUUUAAAAAACAAAGAUUGAGUCAAGCAGUAUUCAUUCUGUACAUUUGCACUUUGUGUACUGUGCACUUUGAUGUGCAAAGCUAAGAAAAUCUUGAAAAGCUAAGAGAAGUUCAAAAAUAGUUGAUUGUGAUCUCUGAGAGUACAUUUCUCUAUUGAGUACAUCCUGAGAGGCAGCUUGUGUCGCAUACCUUCUGAAUAGUGUUCUGAACAAAAAAUGAUUUUUUUUUUACAAUUAACACAGGUUAAGUCUUUAUUAUAAUCAAAGACUUUGGCGUGCCAUGCUAACAGUUGUUUCCUGU